GGGCAGCGUCCACGCGGGGCCGCCGUUCUUUGGACUCGUGUGGCGGCUGCUGGGCGUGCUGCCUUUCGCCAUGUACACCUUCGUGGUGCGCGACGAGAAUAGCAGCGUCUACGCCGAGGUUUCCCGGCUGCUGCUGGCCACCGGCCACUGGAAGAGGCUGCGGCGGGACAAUCCCAGGUUCAAUCUGAUGUUGGGCGAGAGGAACCGGCUGCCCUUCGGGAGACUGGGUCAUGAGCCUGGGCUGGCACAGCUGGUGAAUUACUACCGGGGGGCGGACAAACUGUGCCGCAAAGCUUCUUUAGUGAAGCUAGUCAAGACCAGUCCAGAGCUGUCUGAGUCCUGCACGUGGUUCCCAGAAUCCUAUGUGAUCUAUCCAAAUAACCUCAAGACACCAGUCGCUCCAGCGCAGAAUGGCAUCCAGCUUCCGGUCAGUAAUUCCAGGACAGAUGAGAGGGGAUUCUUCCUGGCUUCUUAUAACAGGAAGAAAGAGGAUGGGGAAGGCAACGUUUGGAUUGCAAAGUCGUCUGCUGGUGCCAAAGGUGAAGGCAUCCUCAUCUCCUCAGAGGCAUCAGAGCUUCUGGAUUUCAUAGACAACCAGGGCCAAGUGCACGUGAUCCAGAAAUACCUGGAACGCCCUCUGCUCCUUGAGCCCGGCCACCGCAAGUUUGACAUUCGAAGCUGGGUCCUGGUUGACCACCAGUAUAACAUCUACCUCUAUAGAGAGGGCGUGCUCCGCACGGCUUCGGAGCCAUAUCAUGUCGACAACUUCCAGGAUAAGACCUGCCAUUUGACCAAUCACUGCAUCCAGAAGGAGUACUCAAAGAACUAUGGGAAAUACGAAGAAGGCAAUGAGAUGUUCUUCGAAGAGUUCAACCAGUACCUAACAAGCGCGCUGAACAUUAACUUAGAAAACAGCAUUCUGCUGCAAAUCAAGCACAUAAUAAGGAGCUGCCUCAUGAGUGUGGAGCCGGCCAUCAGCACCAAGCACCUUCCUUACCAGAGCUUCCAGCUCCUUGGCUUUGACUUCAUGGUGGAUGAGGAGCUGAAGGUCUGGCUCAUUGAGGUCAACGGUGCCCCCGCGUGUGCUCAGAAGCUCUAUGCAGAACUAUGCCAGGGCAUCGUGGACAUAGCCAUAUCCAGUGUCUUCCCACCCCCGGACGCAGAGCAGGUGCCCCAGCCAGCUGCGUUCAUCAAGCUGUGAAGGACCAGGAGCUACAGAGCCGCCUUGGGAAAUGUAUGGGGUCCUGGCUCCAGAGGAAUGUGAGAUGACUGGACCGCUCCUUAUCAGGGCAUGCUGGGGAACAGGUGUGCAGGAAGAGCCCGUGAAGAGAAGGCAGCUGUGGGAGAGCAGUGGUGCUGUCUUCCGAGCUGUGGAGACCUUGGGAAGCUGAAGCACGUGACUGAGAGGGGAAAACCGAACACUUUUCUAAAGGGCCGGAACCAGGGAUUUGGUUAUGGUGUGAUCUAAUCCCUUGAGCGGUUCCUGGUCUUGGGUGGUACUGGGAACCGAGCUCCUCCUCCGCAGGAUACAGCCCUCUGGGACCUCUGGGUGGUACCUUCCCACCUGCUGCAGCUUUAGUGCCUUAGCUCAGUGCCCAGUGCUGCCUCACUGGACACAGACUGGACCGUAGAGCGUUUUGGAGGUUGCCACAUGUUCCCUGCACAUCCCCUCUGCGACACUGUCCCGCUAAACCCUGAGUAGGCAUGCAGCGUAGUCCAUGCUGUGCGCUGGCCGGUCAGUGAGGGCCUCUAGCUUGUCACCCUCCUGGUGGGCUAAGAAUGAGUACCUGCCGGGGGUCCUGUGGGCAUCAAACAGUGUAUGCUGCUCACUGCAUGUUUUAGAAACAAAAGCAGCAGGCCUGACGAAUCUGCAAGCAUCAAAUAAGCAUGAGAGAGAAAAAAAAAAAACCAUGGUAUCUUACUUAAUGGGGUAGGUGGGUGGGUGGGACCCUCUGAAGCAUCUUAAGUCUUGGUUAUCUUUGGUUUAACCAGAAUUCUGAAUGCAGCUUUGCAAUUUCUCUUUCCUUUACCCCACACCCCGUCCUCAUCUUUGAACCUUUGUAACAGUUCUCUCUGGGAGCCAGGGAAGGAAAACUCCCAUCCUCCUCCUCCCUCCAUAGCUCUCCCCAUAUCUGUCCUUCUUGGUUCCAAAGGCCUUCUGCAGGAGCCGGAGGACCAAGUUCCAUUCCAGAAAAGACCAUCUGCUUAUGCACAUAGGCAACAGGAGAGAUGCCCUCUGAAUGAGGGUGUGUCCUGCCUGAGUGAGAAACAAGUAUUUGGAGCUCUGCACAGUGUCACCAAAGGUGUACUACAAGAUGUGGUUUCCAUGUCAUGGAUCCAUCUGUAUUUUACAGGCUUCUCGGGAGCCCACUUCCAUUGUGGCGGGAGGAUGUCAU